GUUUAGUCACGUGAUAACAUCUAGGCAACCGAACGCUUCUGCUAACUGACUUGUGAACUUGAUGAGUCCAGAUUAUAUUCAACAUUCACGAAACUAGUUUUCAGCGGUGAGUGACAGGAGGAUUAAAAGGCUACAGUGUGUGGUAAAUCAACAUCAUGCCUGCCAAGAAAGAGCAAAUAGCUCUUCAGAAGGAGAUUCUGAACCAGGAAAUGUGGGAUGAAUUAUUGAGUCUGGAAGGACUGACAGUGAUUGAUGUGUAUCAGAAAUGGUGUGGACCAUGUGCUGCCGUACUUAGUAUCUUCAAGAGGCUUAGGAAUGAGAUUGGAGAUGAUUUGCUCAGAUUCGCUGUGGCUGAAGCUGAUAGUAUUGAGAGCCUUGAGAAGUAUCGUGGGAAAUGUGAGCCAUCUUUCCUUAUGUAUGGGAGUGGUCAUCUCGUCAAUGUGAUCAGGGGGGCCAACGCCCCUGCACUUUUCAAGAAUGUCGAACGAGAACUCAAACAGGAACAUAAGGUUCUAGAAGAAGGAGUGGAACGAGUCGUGAUCAAGGAUCCAUUGCUAGCUGCCUUUGAGGCUGAAGAGCAACAGGCUGCACAGGCAGAAGAACUUGAGAAGAAGAGACUGGAGGAGGAGGCUAGGAUCAAGGAACUUAAAGAAUUAGGUGAGGAAGGAGAGGUUAGCGUCAGACCCAUAAGUCAGGGUACAAUAGACACCAUGAUGCAUGACAGGCAAGCAGGAUCAGAGACAGAACCUGUUCCUAAGGAAGUCACCGUCGUCCUCAUCAAACCUGAUGCUGUUGCCAAUGGCCACGUUGAUGAUAUCAUUUCGAAGAUCGAGGAGCAUGGCUUCGAGAUCCUAGCUACAGAAGACAAGACCCUUACAGAAGACGAAGCCAGGGAGUUCUACAAACAGCAUGAAGAAGAAGAACACUAUGAGGAGCUUGUCACCUUCAUGGCCAGUGGUCCCAGUAAGAUCCUAGUCUUGACUAGAGGUGACACGGGGGAAGGCGUCGUGUCAGAUGUCAGGAAUCUUCUAGGACCGAAGGACAUCGAGGUUGCUAAGGAGGAAGCACCUGAAAGUUUGAGGGCUCAGUUUGGUACAGACAAGAAGAUGAAUGCAAUGCAUGGAGCAGACUCGUCUGAAACAGCAGCAAGAGAGCUGGCAUUCCUGCUUCCGAACUUCAACAUUCCCAUUGUACCAGGAACUGGUCCUCCUCCCGCUAUUGAGAAAACUUUGGCUCUCAUCAGACCAAGUGCACUCAAGGACCACAAAGAUGAAAUGAUACAAAAGAUUCAAGAGGCUGGAUUUGAGGUCUGCCUUCAGAAGAUGGUACAACUAACAGAAGAACAAGCUAAAGAAUUCUAUAGAGAACAAGAAGGUACUCCACACUUUGAAGAUCUCAUCAGGGAGAUGACAAGUGGUGAGGUUCUAGCCCUAGGUCUUGCCAAGGAAUCGGCCAUUCAAUCUUGGAGAGAUUUCAUCGGACCAACCAUAAUUGAUGAAGCCAAAGAAAAAGCUCCAGAGAGUUUACGAGCUCAAUAUUCCAUCCCCGAUGCUCAAAUCAACGUUGUCCAUGGUAGUGACUCGGUAGAAACAGCAGAGAAGGAACUAGGGUUCUUCUUCCCCAAACAGACCACGUUAGCUGUUAUUAAACCUGAUGCAGCUGGGGAACAUAAAGAGGCCAUCAUUGAGAAGAUCAAGGAAGCAGGAUUUAACAUCAGUCUGCAGAGAGAUCUAGAGUUGAACAAAGAACUGGCAUCGAAGCUGUACUUGGAGCAUGAAGGCAAGGAAUUCUAUGAGAACCUCAUUGAACACAUGUCUAGUGGUCUGUCGAUGGUGAUGGUCCUAUCUCGUGAGGAUGCUGUUGACGGCUGGAGAACUCUGAUGGGACCUACAGAUCCUGAAUACGCUAGGGAACAUGCUCCGGAGUCGUUGAGGGCGUUGUUGGGUAAAGACGUCCUACAGAAUGCUGUUCAUGGCAGCUCUAACCCAGAGGAAGCCAAGACCAGGAUUGAGAGACUUUUCCCAGAUGUAGAAGUACUGCCCGGAGGAGAGGUCAAAGACUCCAUAGCCAGUAUGACAAUGGAACAGUCAGAGGUGAAAGGAGAAGGAGAAGAGGGUGGAGAGCAACAAGCAGAACAGCCUGCUGGUGAAUCAGGGGAACAACAAGCAGAGGGGGGUGAACAGCAAGCUGCUGAAGGAGAAGGAACCUCUCAAGAACAACAGGGUGAAGCGGAAGGCGUAGAGUCCGAGCAACAAGGGGUAGCUGGAGAAGGUACUGAUGGUGAGGCUCAACAGGAGGAAGGUGGUCAAACGGAAGAAGGUCAAACACAGGAAGCGCAGGCUGAACAACAAGCUGAAGCUGGAGAGGAGAAGAAGGCGGGCGAUGAUGAAGCUCCACCCACUGAUGCCCCGCCCACAGAUGCUGCGGAAGAUCAAGCCGAUGCGGAACAAGAUCAUGGUCAGAAGGAGGAGCAGGAAGAUGGUGAAGGUGAGAAACCAGCUGAGGAAGACACUCAACAAACACAAGAGGGUGAAGCCCCAGCUGCAGAGCAAACUGAACAGACACAAGAGGGUGGUGAAGAUAAACCAGCAGAGCCUGCUGAAGAAGCUGCACCUGCCGCCUCAGAGGAAUCAGGAGCUGAACAGACGGAGCAAGCACCCGCUGCGGAGGAGACGCAGCAGACCCAGGAAGGAGAGGAAAAGAAGGAAGAACAGACAGAAGAAGCACCUGCAGCGGAAGGGGGAGAGGCAGCAGCUACCGAGGGGGAAACACAGGCCGCUGAGGGCGGGGAAACACAAGCUGCUGAGGGCGGGGAAACACAAGCUGCUGAUGGUGGGGAAGCACAAGCUGCUGAGGGUGGGGAAACACAGGCCACUGAGGGUGGGGAAACGCAGGCCGCUGAGGGUGGGGGAGGAGAUGCCAAACCAGAGGAGGCUGCUCAGAACGAGGAACAGACGGCAUCAUAAAGAACUGCAUCAAUCACCAAAAAAAUAAAAACACUUAAAAGAACAUUACCCUGGAUUCUGCCCUGGCUAUCGAUCUGUUUAUAAAGAAAAGCAUGCGAUCUUGUUAGAAUUCCAUACAGACCAACAGGACUGCCUGCCACUUCUGGAGGAUAUUCCAACAUAAAACAAUGUGAUGAAAACCAACUGUUCAAGAGGUAUUUUAGGUUCAUCUUUCAAAACUGGACGCAGAUAUUUAUUGGGUAGAUGGUAUGUCAUUAUUGAAGUUCAUGCUACCUAGUAAAGAACUAAUAGACCAAACCUAUGAAGGAUUCCAACAUCAUUUAUAAACAAGAUGGGAAAAUAUGCAGAGGACUCACUUUGAUGUGGUGGUAAAGUAGAAGACAAAUAUUACUAUAAUAAUAAUGUACAUAAUCAGUGUUUGUUGUUUUUUCUCAGCUCAAACAAGAUCUAACUAAAGAUCAAAUCAAAUUGAAUGUUAAGUCAUAUCUUCUUCCAAACCUGUGAAUAGGACUUUAAAUCUUACACUAUUUUAUGUAGACCUUCUAUUUUGAUGUCAAACUGUUUAUAUAGUGUUAUGAUACAACAUAUUCAUACUCAAAACAUCAGCAAAAAUGUUGUUUUGGUAAGGAAAAAAAUAUGGAAAGAGAAUUUUCUUGGUUUCCUGUCUAGUACAUGCUGUGGAGCAUGGAAGCAGGAGCUAAGAAAGAAAAGAGUUGAUGUAUGAAGGUUGUACUCAAACAUUCAUUUCUCUAGCAGUAUUUUCUUCCUGGUAUUCAUGUAAUAGUUCCAUGUAUUAUACUCUAUACCAUUUUAAACAAAGCUGAAUUGCAGUACUAUUGUGCGGGACAUGAUAUUCUCAAAAUAGCCUC